GUUCUGCGCAGGCCCGAGUCUUAGGCUCCACCCGUCCCCAGUCUGUCUGUCCUCUCUGGCGGAACCUGACCAACCAUGGUGAAUUUGGGCCUGUCCCGAGUGGAUGACGCAGUGGCAGCCAGACACCCGGGGCUCGAGGAAUAUGCCGCGUGCCAGUCGAACGCCUUCAUGAAGGGCGUUUUCACCUUUGUCACAGGCGCUGGUGUGACUUUCGGCCUGCAGCUGUUCAUUAAGCGGAAGUUUGCAUACCCUGUGCAGUGGAGCUUGCUGGUGUCUGCUAUUGUAGGAUCUGUGGCGAGCUACAAAGUGACAAGAACAGAGUCUCAGAAAUGCAGAGAUCUCUGGCUCUUCCUGGAGACAGGUCAACUCCCCAAAGACAUGAACACAGAUCAUCACAACUAGAAGAGCUCUGGCUGCUUAGGGUGUGGAGGAUCUGAAGAGGGGAAUCCUGGAAUACAGGAUGCAACACAGACUCCAGGCUGGUCCUUCCUACCUCACCAAACACACACACACGCGCGUGCGCGCACACACACACACACACGCACACACACCUUGAGCGUUACCUGUCCCCCACACGUGUGUUUAGGCGGACCUGCCUGACAACCUGUCCCAAAUCUAGUCACCAAACACACACACACACACACACACACACACACACACACACACACCCUGAGUAUCACCUGUCCCCCACACAUGUGUUUAGGCAGGCCUGCCUGACAACCUGUCCCAAAUCUAGGACUCCCCCAGGAGUUCAGCUCAGAAAAGGGCUUAGAAGACAAGGAUUAGAAGGGGGUGGGGGGAUCCUCCAGAGCAGCAAGAAGUCGGGGUCUCAGAGAAAGUUGUAUCCUGUUGCUCACAGCUGUGGGGGCAGCAGCCUGCAAGUGGCGAGAGAGACUUCUUCUCUAUUUUCUCUGGUGCUUUGGGGUCCCUCUUCUGACCUCUGCGUCCCGAGUCCAAGGAGAACUGAGGAGGGUUGUAACUAAUAAACGGCUUGUCGUUUUCCUACCUGAGCUCUGAAGCAAUUAAACAAGUUGGUGAGGUUGUUCUGUG